UUAGGUGGAGUUUGAAAUGUUGACUCGUUAAAUUGUGUCCUGUAUUGACGCGGCGGCCUGCUGAAAAGUUGUGCGACAUGAGCUGGGCAGUAGAGGAGUGGAAGGAUGGCCUUCCAGCGAAAGCCCUGCAGAAGAUCCUGGAGAUAGAGGGCCAGCUAGACAAACUGAAGAAGGAGAGGACUCAAAAACAGUUUCAGCUGGACUCACUGGAAGCUGCCCUGCAAAAACAGAAGCAAAAGGUGGACAGUGAGCGAAGCGAUGCGUCUCAUCUUAAAAGGGAGAACCAGACGCUGCUGGAGUCAUGUGACUCUUUGGAGAAGUCCCGCCAGAAAGUUGUCCAUGACCUGGGGAUCAAGGAGCAGCAGGUUAGCUACCUGGAUGGCCAGCUCAGCGCCUCCAAGAGAACCAUAGAGCGACUGGAACAGGAGCUCAAAAAGUACAAGAAUGAGUCGGAUCGUUCCUCCUCCUCGUCUUCGCUGUCGUCGUCAUCGUGCUCUGAGCUGCAGGCCUAUGCUACUCCUUUGAAGAGCUUUCCUGCACCAAGCGCCACACCAGGAUACAGACAGCAAGACAACAGGCUGGAGGAGCUCCAGGGGAAAUACAGCCAUGAGGUGGAGGAGAGGAAGAGGCUGGAAACUGAACUCAAAGUGCUACAGGUUAAGAUGUUGAGUCAGUCCUCAACCACCGUCAGUCACAAAGAUAUAGCUGCCCGUCAGCAGGCCGGCUCCUCCAUAUUCCCAUGGCAGAAGUCGGACCAACCCCAGAGCCGGCCGUCCCAGGUUCCUUUGGAUACGCCCAUAAAGAGAUGCGGCGGGGGCGGUUCUUCCCUUUGGGAUGCACACGAUGAGACGCCAAUCAAACCCAGCCAGCGAAUGAGCUCUUCCGCUGUGGCACAGAGUCCGGCUGGUUCCUCCGACCAGAUGAAGCAACUGAAGGCUCUAAACCAAGAGCUGCGUGGCUGCAUGUCCGAGCUGGAGAGGAAUCUAGCCUCCCAGGAAAAGGAGAUUCGUGGUCAGAGCUCCCGGCUCCAGGAGCUGCAGAUCCAACUGGACCAGAGCCGCAGAGAGCUGGUGGAUCGGGACCGGGAUCUGGCUAAGACCCGCCAUGAGCUCACCCAGGCUUCAGCCAAACACCAGCAGUCCGAGGACAAGUGUUCGUCUCUGGAGCUGAAGCUCAAGCAGGUCACGGAGGAGAUGGGUUGCCAGAGGCACAAUGCUGAGAGCUGCAAACGUGCCCUGGAGCAAAAGAUCAAGGACCAGGAAAGGACCAAUCAGAAGGAGCUAGCACAACUGCAGAGUUCCCAGCAUGCAUUGGAACAGACACUGAACCAGACCAAAUCCAAGCUGACCCAGGAGAUCCAACAGGCCAAGAAGGACCACAACAUGCUAGAGGCUGAAAUGGAGAAGGUGGGCCACCAGAAGAGUCAGAUGCAGCGGGACGUGGAGGAGCACAGGCAGAAGCUGCUGAGGUCCGAACAAGGUCUCCAGACCAGCCAGGGCAAGGAGCAGGACCUCCGCAAGAAGAUGGAGGAGCUGCUCAAGGAGAAGAACAGCGUGUCAGUUCAGCUGGACCAGGGCAGCAGGCGGCUGUCUCAGCUGGAGGAGGAGAAGAAGAGCUCGGAGCAGAGCUUCAAGCGCACCCAAGGCCUGCUGGACGACAUGAAGGCUAAAUGGGAGGCGCAGACUGAGGAGGUGAAGGGGCUGAAAUGUAAGCUGGAGCAGCAGACUCAGUCCUCCAGCAAGGAGCUGGACAACCUGAGGAAGACUCUCUCAGAUGCUGAGGCCAAAACCAACAGCUCUCAGAGCGAGCUCCAGAAACAGAAGAGGGAGACGGAGCAGCUGAGCGACCGGCUGGCCGUCCUGGAGAAAGAGGGCCAGGCGCUGGGCGCCAGCCUGGCCUCCAGCCAGCGGGAGUGCACCGAGCAGCGGCUGGAGCACCAGGCUCUGCUGGCCUGGAAGGCCGAGAAGGAGGCCCUGAUCGACCAGACGGAGGCUGUGCAGGGUGUUCUCCGUGAGAACAUCAGCGGCCUGGAGAGCGCCAUCUCCCAGCUGAACAAGGACCACGACGAGCUGAAGGGCCAGCUGAGCGGGGUGGAGGCGCAGCGCGCCGGCCUGUCGGCCCAGAUCGACUCCCUGAAGGGGGAGCUCCUCAACAAGAGCACCGAGCUGGAGGUGAGGGAGCGGCAGUACGAGGACGCCCAGGCCCAGCUCUCUGAGGCAGGACAGAAACACGCCAAAGACCUGGACAACAUCGGUGUCCAGGUAGCACUGCUCCAGGAACAGGUGGGGGCGCUGGAGGCGCGGCUGCAGCAGGAGGCCGGCCGGGCCGACCGGGCGGAGGUGUCCCGCGCCCAGCUCCAGGAGCAGCACCAGACCACCUGCGACCUGCUCCUGUCCAAGGAGCAGAUGCUGGAGCUGGGCCAGGCCGAGGCCAGCCAGCUGCGAGACAGCCUGGCCCUGGCCAGCGAGCAGCAGGACGCCCAGCACCGCAGGUUAAUGGAGGAGAAGUUGUCCAUGCAGAGUCGGUGUGAGGAGGCUGUCGCGGAGAAGGCAGAGGAGGCUGAACAGGCUAAACUGGAGCUGAUCAAGAUCCAACAGGACCUGAUGCUCUCUGAGGAUAAGAUCUCGUCUCUGCAAUCUGCCUUGAAGAUCCAGAAGAGCCUUGGAGCCGGCCUUCAGGGUCAGAUCGACACUCUGUCGGCCGCGGAAAAGGAGCAGAAGCAGGCCCUGAACGCUACGUCAGAAACUCUCAAACAGACCAGGCAGGAGGUCAAAGCCCUGCAGAGCCAAGCAGAAGACAAGGAGAAACUGCUCCUUGACGCGGAGCAUAAGAUCACAGCGCUGGAGGAACAAACUGCUGCUUUGGAAACCAAGGCUGGGGAAUUGAAGGCUGAAGCAGAGAACCUACAGCACACUCACACAGAGGAGAGAGACGGGCUGCGGGCUCAGCUGACUGCCCUGUCGGAGGAGGUGACCAGAAGCAGAGCGCUGGCGGAGCAGCUGCCCGCGUUGAAGGCCGAGCUAGAGGCGGCCAAACAGUCCUGCGGCUCUCUGCAGAACGCUCUGGAGGCCGCGCAGGAGAGCCACGUGCCCUGCGCCGAGAACGCCGCCGGGCUGGAGAGGAGCCUGGCCGAGACCGCCGGCCUCCUCGGGCCCCUGGAGAGCCAGCUCCGGGAGCUCUCCGAGGGGAGGGCCCGGCAGGAGGAGUGCCACGUGCGGGAGAUGGAGGGCUUCCUCCACAAACAGAAGGCCCUCAAGGAGCAGCUGGCGGCGUCCAGGGAGGCGGAGCGAGCGGCGACGGAGGAGCUGGCGGCUCGCCGGGAGCAGGUGGCCAACAUGAAGCGCAGCCUGUCGGCGGCGUCCGCCGGGCUCCAGGAGCAAGACGGCGCCGUCAAAGGCCUCAAGGAGAGGCUGAACCGCGCCGAGGCGGAACACACCAAAGCCUCGGUCUCGCUGAAGGAGAAGACGGUCGCCAUGGAUAAAAUCAAGGUGCUGAUGGAGAUGCUGCAGAUGGACCUGGAGGACACAGAGACGGCCAGGACCUCCUUCGACGGUCAGGUGGAGGAGCUGAAAGGAACCAUAGCUCUGCUGGAGAGCCAGAAGACUGACCUGGAAGUCAGGCUGGAGGAUAGUCAAGCUCAGGUGUCUGUGCUGGAGACCCGUCUGGAGGAAGUACAGUCCAGCAACGCCACGCUGGAGUGCCAGUACGAGACGGCCCAGGAGCAUCUACUGGAGUGGAGCGACCGCGGCCCUCACACGGAGGAGGGCGUGUCCGACCUAUUGAGCGAUUGCUAUCAGCAAUUAGAGAAAUCCGAGAUCUUGUCCAAAAUAGUUAACAAAGAGAAAGAAAUACUGGUUGAGGAUGUCAGUGUUUUAGAAGCACGAAACGAGGAGCUGUUGACCAACUCCUCUAUCCUUGAGAGCAGGUUUCAACUAAUAUUAAGAUCGUACCGGGCGGCUCAAUUUUUUUUGAACAAGGUCAAUCAAGAGUUUGGCCAGCUACAUGUUGCCUAUGAGCAGAUGUCGGGAGAGACGGCCAGCCUGGAAUCUGAAAUUCACGAGCUCCACAAGAAGAGGAAAAUCUCUGACAGGCUUUUGAGUCGGGCUGACUCGUUGCAACGAGGACUUCAACGUGCCACUGAAGAUAAUUUUGAAAUGGCUAUCAAACUUCAAUGUUUGACUGAAGCAAAGGUUUUGGCAGAAGCUAAACUCAGCAAUCAGUUAAUUCAAGUAAAGGCAGAAGUGAAACUGACUGAGGACGAGGCACAGAUUCCGGACCUGAACAAGGUAUAUGAUGAGAACAAGGAGUUGGAGACCAGCUUGAACCGACUGGCAGAAGAGCGGCUUCAGUUGGAGAGCGCCAUAAGACUGCUGACCGGGGACAAAGUCCAACGGCAAACCAGUCUCGACCUUCUUACCGAGGAGAAACGCCAAUUGCACGCUAGCAUGGAUCCUGCGCAGCUAAUGAACCCUGCAAACGAAGAGUCUCGGCAGCCCCGGGACGCUGUCCGGCGCUUGGCGGAGAGGAACCAGGAGAUCAAGAAGAAAAUUGAUUGUCGCGACUUUAGAGGCAGGCAGUUUGAGUCUGCACAGGCAGAGCUGCACGAGAAGACAUCUGGGCUGCAGAAGGAACUGGUGCUGUUCAAAGAGCAGUAUGCUGCUCUGCUGGAGAAGGCGGACCAGCAGCACAGGGUCAUCCAGCAGCUCUCUGAGACCCAGGGGAGUCCCGGCUGCAUGGACACAGCCUCGCCAUCGCACGGUGACCAGCAGGUGGUUGGACACAUUCAACCUGCUUCUUGCCAGCCUGAUGAAAUGGAGUCCAGUAUGGAAGCACCUGCAGAGCAGCACUCCACCAUGGCUGCUCCGGAUGCAGACCAGGAUGAACCGCCAAACCGUCCUGUCGACACCGCCAGGAGGUCGUUCCACCACGAGCUGCCGUGCCGUGGGGUGGCGGAGGCCCGCUGCCCCUCCGCUGCGGCCACAGCGUGUGGAGGGGACCUGGCCCGGGGCCAGCAGAGCUCUGAGCCGGCCACGGAGGAAGUGAUGGAGCCCUGCUCCCCGCCGCCGAACAUGAACCAGGGCCAGGUGCUGAUGGAGAUGCUGCAGAUGGACCUGGAGGACACAGAGACGGCCAGCACCUCCUUCGACGGUCAGGUGGAGGAGCUGAAAGGAACCAUAGCUCUGCUGGAGAGACAGAAGACUGACCUGGAAGUCAGGCUGGAGGAUAGUCAAGCUCAGGUGUCUGUGCUGGAGACCCGUCUGGAGGAAGUACAGUCCAGCAACGCUACGCUGGAGAGCCAGUACGAGACGGCCCAGGAGCAUCUACUGGAGUGGAGCGACCGCGGCCCUCACACGGAGGAGGGCGUGUCCGACCUAUUGAGCGAUUGCUAUCAGCAAUUAGAGAAAUCCGAGAUCUUGUCCAAAAUAGUUAACAAAGAGAAAGAAAUGAUGGUUGAGGAUGUCAGUGUUUUAGAAGCACGAAACGAGGAGCUGUUGACCAACUCCUCUAUCCUUGAGAGCAGGUUUCAACCAAUGUUAAGAUCGUACCGGGCGGCUCAUUCUUUUUUGAACAAGGUCAAUCAAGAGUUUGGCCAGCUACAUGUUGCCUAUGAGCAGAUGGUGGAAGAGACGGCCAGGCUGGAAGCUGAAAUUCACGGGCUCCACGAGGAGAGGAAAAUCUCAGACAGGCUUGCGAUUCGGGCUGACUCGUCAAAAGAAGCCUUUAUGGGUUUUUUCCUCAAAUUUGUAGAGAUAACCGCAAAAAAUGUUAAAAUGAAACAAAGAAUUCAACGUGCCACUGAAGAAAAUAUUGAAAUGGCUGCCAAACUUCAACAUUUGACCGAAGAAAGGGUUUGGGCAGAAGCUAAACUGCAUCAGUUAAUUGAAGAAAAGGCAGAAGCGAAACUGACUGAGGACGAGGCACAGAUUCCGGAGCUGACCAAGGUAUCUGAUCAGAACAAGGAGUUGGAGACCAGCUUGAAACGACUGGCAGAAGAGCGGCUUCAGUUGGAGAGCGCCAUAAGACUGCUGACCGGGGACAAUGUCCAACGGCAAACCAGUCUCGACCUUCUUACCGAGGAGAAACGCCAAUUACACGCUAGCAUGGAUCCUGCGCAGCUAAUGGCCCCUGCAAACGAAGAGUCUCGGCAGCACCGGGACGCUGUCCGGCGCUUGGCGGAGAGGAACCAGGAGAUCAAGAAGUUAAUUGAUAGUCGUGACUUUAGAGGCAGGCAGUUUGAGUCUGAACGAGAGCUGCACGAGAAGACAUCUGGGCUGCAGAAGGAACUGGUGCUGUUCAAAGAGCAGUAUGCUGCUCUGCUGGAGAAGGUGGACCAGCAGCACAGGGUCAUCCAGCAGCUCUCUGAGACCCAGGGGAGUCCCGGCUGCAUGGACACAGCCUCUCCAUCGCACGGUGACCAGCAGGUGGUUGGACACAUUCAACCUGCUUCUUGCCAGCCUGAUGAAAUGGAGUCCAGUAUGGAAGCACCUGCAGAGCAGCACUCCACCAUGGCUGCUCCGGAUGCAGACCAGGAUGAACCGCCAAACCGUCCUGUCGACACCGCCAGGAGGUCGUUCCACCACGAGCAGCCGUGCCGUGGGGUGGCGGAGGCCCGCUGCCCCUCCGCUGCGGCGUGUGGAGGGGACCUGGCCCGGGGCCAGCAGAGCUCUGAGCCGGCCGCGGAGGAAGAGAUGGAGCCCUGCUCCCCGCCGCCGAACAUGAACCAGGGCCAGGUGAGCGUGGGUCCUUCUACUGAGCAGGAAGUCUUCUUUGGUCUUCUGGUUCUUCGAGAGGAGGCAGGGGAAGUAUCUGUCCUCAAGCCUGAAAUCUCUGCUCCGUCUCCAGCAUCCUCCCCUGAGGAUGAAGGCCCCAAGAUGAACCUCCCUGACCCACACCAGCUUCAAGCUGAUCUGGACGAGAGCCGGGACAAGAUGAGGCUCCUGGAAGAGGAACUCCAGAGCCUCCGCUCCGAGGUCCUCCUGCUGACCUCUGACCUCUCGCUGAGGAAGGAGCUGUCCUCCGAGCUGCAGGGCAAAGUGGACCAGCUGGAGCUGAAGCUCCGGGCGUCCGAGGUCCAGGGUGGCGGCACCGCCGGGAAGCUCACCCUCACCCUGCAAGAGAGCCGAGGCUUUGAGAAGCAGGUGUUCCAGCUGUCGGAGGAGAGGGACGCGUUAACGCUGCAACUGCAGACCGCCAAAGAACAACUGGUGGAUAUCAUGCAGAUGAUGGAGGGAAUGGAGAUGGCCAAAGGUGGCUGGGACGAGAAGUUCCUCCAGCAGGAGAGUGAGCUGAGGAGGGUGCGCUCUGAGAAGGCCAACCUGGAGCAGCACAUCCUGGGCAUGGAGAGCGAGCUGGAUGCCCUGCAGGAGCACCGCGGCACCCUGGAGAGAGUCCUGGAGACCCAGCGGAGGGCCUGCUCCGGCCUCGAGCUGCAGAUCGACACGCUCAGGACAGAGAGCACCCAGCUGAGGGCGGAGCUGGUGUCCUGCACCGAGGAGAGGGACGAGGCGAGCCGGGCCGCCGGCCGCUGGAGGGAGGAGGUCCACAGGCUGGAGAAGACCAACGUCGACACCAGACAGCUCAUCUCCAUCCUGGAGGAGGACCUCAGGGCGGGCCGGAGGGAGUACGAAGCCCUGCAGAGCAACGCGGAGAGACUGGACGGCGAGAAGCAACAGUUGCGCGGGCAGGUGGGGGCGUUGGAGCAGGAGCUCUGUGAGCAUCGGGGCCAGAGGGAGGAGCUCCUGGGCCAGCUCGACCGGGUCACUGAGGACCAGAGCUCGGCCUGCCACAACUCUGAGUCCAUGGCCUCCAAGAUACAGGCUCUGGAGGCAGAUCUGAGUCGUAUGACCCAGUCCCUGGAGUCCUCCCUGCUGGAGAAGGGCGAGAUAGCGUCCCGCCUCAACUCCACCCAGGGCGAGGUCCAGAACAUGAGGAGCGGCAUCGAGAAGCUCCAGGUCCGCAUCGAGUCGGACGAGAGGAAGAAGAAGAAGAUCGGAGAGCUGCUGAAAGAUGCCCAGAGGAAGUCUGACUCGCUGCAGGAUCGCAUCGAUGCCCUGGAGAGGGAGAAGGAAGGCACGGAGCAGAGUCUGGAAGAGGCUGUGAUCCAGGCGGAGAUCGCUAAAGCUGAGAUCGAGGAACUCGAGGACGAGAGGAAAAAGGUGGAGGAGGAGAAGAGCUCCCUGGGCGAGAAGCUGUCGGCUCUGGCGGCGGAGCUGGACCACCUCAGGCAGGAAAAGGAGGCCAUGGAGGGGGAGCUGGAGGCCAAAAGCAGGGUCAUAGAGGAGCUGAGGGCGGCCAAGGAGGAGCUGGAGCGGGGCAUGGAGAGGGCCGAGACGGGGAGGAGAGAAGAGCAGGAGAGACAGAGGUCCGUGGUGGAGGGGAUGGAGCGCGAGGCGGAGUCAGAGCGGGCGGAGGCCCUGGAGAAGUGGUCCAGGGAGAGGCAGGCGCUUGAAGCCCGCGUGAGCAAGCUGGAGGAGGAGCUCAGGGGUCUCCACAGCGGUUUGGCGGAGGCCGAGGCGGAGUGGGCGAGGAGGGAACAGGAGAGCGACGGCAGGGGGACUGAAGAGAGGGAUGCCCUGAGGCGCACCAUCUCCUCUCUGGAGGGGGAGGCGUCGGUGCUCGCUGAGGAGAACCAGAGAGCGUCCGCGAAGCUGUCCUCCCUGGAGGAGGAGAAGGAGAAGCUCAUCUCCAGCCUCGCCUCGCUGGAGAACGAAAAGGAGAGUGCGAACGCAGCCCUUGCUCUGUCGCAGACAGAGAAGACCCGACUAGAGGAGGAGAAGGAAGCCCUGCGCUCGAGCCUUUCCUCCCUGGAGGCCGAGCGGGACAGACUCACCGGUGAACAGCAGGAUCUCCAGGCUACCCUCUCCUCCCUGGAGGCAGAGCUGGAGACAUGCAGGCAGUCCUUGUCUCAGGCCACUCAGCAGGUGUCGGAGCUCAGCGGGCAGGUCGGCGCCCUCGCCGAGGGGAGGGACUCUGCCCUCAGCAAGAUGAACCUGUGGAUGAAGACCUGCCAACAGUUGCAGCAGGAGAAGGAGACGCUGGAGCAGAGCUCUGGCGCUGGCAGCGGCACCGAGGCGUCUGCCCACGGAGAGGAGGCCAGACUCCUGGCGGAGCAGCGGCAGGCGGCGGUGACGGCGGAGCUGGAGACCACCAGGAAGGAGCUGGAGGCCGUGACGGCGGAUCUGGAGACCACCAGGAAGGAGCUGGAGGAGGCGACGGCGGAGCUGGAGGAGCGCAGCCGGGAGGCGGACGAGAGCCUGGACAAGUACUGCAGCCUGAUGGUGCAGGUCCACAAGCUGGAGGAGGCCAACGAGACGCUGAGCGCCCGCCUGCAGCGCGGCACCGCUCCCGCCCCCGCCCCCGCCACGGCCGCCCCCGCCCCCGCCACGGCCACCCCCGCCCCCGCCACGGCCACCCCCGCCCCCGCCGCCGUCACCACCCCCACUCCCACCAAGAGGCUGUCCAGGAGGCUCUCCAAGCGGCAGGAAGUCGCCCCGGAGGUCGACGCGGAGAACCCCGCCCCUUCCCCGGUGCUCCCCGGGAGCCCGGCCCGCGCCCUGUCGCUGGGCAAGCGCCUCCACCUGGCCAACAGAGACGCGGCGGCGCGCACCCCCGCCAAGGCCCAGGAGGCCCUGUACAACCUGACCAAGAGGAUCAAGGCCGGCGUCGCCACGCCCAAACCAGGAGGCCCCCAGGACGAGGAGUUCAGGCCCGAGGGGCUGCCCGAGCUGGUGCAGAGAGGCUUUGCUGAUAUCCCAAUGGGCGAGGCCAGCCCCUUCAUCAUGAGGAGGACCACCGCCAAGCGCCGCAGCUCUCGGCUCUCCUCCAGACGCACCCCCGCGGCUGCAGACGGCACCGUGACCCAGUCCCCGGUGGCCGACGGCAAGGUAUCGGGGCACCUCUCCCUGACGAGUCCGACCGUUGCCGCGGUGACCCCCGCGGGCAGCCCAGCGGGCCGGGCCGGGCGCCGGUCGCUGAGCCUGCAGAAGACCCCGGAGCAGCGGGAGAAGCGUCGGGAGGCGCUGAGGGAACAGGCACAGCAAGGGGAGAACUGCCAAGUGCAGUAGGCGCUCCCGCUCCACCAGCUCACUCUUUCCUCUCUGCCCUCUGAUAAUCGUGUGUGUGUGUGUGUGUGUGUGUGUGUGUGUGUGUGUGUGUGUGUGUGUGUGUGUGUGUGUGUGUGUGUGUGUGUGUGUGUGUGUGUGUGUGUGUGUGUGUGUACCAUGGCGUGCGCACUAGUGCGUUCACGGCCUGUUGGUGAUGGUUGAAGCCCUAUUCGGGUUUUGAAUGUAAAGAGUCCUGAUUGGGUAUCCUGUACCUGGACGUGUGUCAUCGGCUGUGGCUCAAAACUGCGCUCCCAUUUAGUUCUUGGAGUUGCUGCCAGACGCUUAUUCGUGCCGUCUGUGAAGGCACGUCUGUCUGUAAAUGCACGUCUGUCUGUAAAUCCGCUGUUCCUCCAGCAUUGUAUAUAUCGAAAUAUCAGUAAAUGCCUAAUUACGCCAACCACCCGUUUACUAAUGGCAGCUAGCUUUUAAUCACUUUUACUGGAAUACAUUUUAUAUCAUUUUAGUCUUUUUGUUUUUUCCUCCCGAUCAGAAAGUGGUUGUACGUUACCGCAGUCAUUUUUAAAUUAAAUUUUCUCCUCUUAACUUUGUUCCUCUGCUCUUCAGAGUUUGUUAGUUGUGUGUCUAUAUCUAUUAGUUUAUCUUUCUAUUAGUUUGCGGAGUCAUGCAUUGGCCCUGGCUUAUUCCAAAACUGCUUUUUCUAACUAAAUUUUGUACCUGA